UUAUGAUUUUUGGCAUAAAAAUAGAUAAUUUUGACCCAUGCAAUGUAUUUUUGGCUAUUGCUACAAACGUGCAACUUAAGACUGGUUUUGUGGUCCAGGGUCACAUACUUCAAAUGAGAGAUGGUUACAAAAUGAUUAAUCUGUAUAGAGUUAGAUAUUUUAUUUUACCAAUAUGUUAUAUGUCACUUUUAAAGCGACACGUCCUGUUUUUUUUUUUUUUUUUUUUUUGACUUAAAAUGAAACCUUAUUAUAAGUUUAGGUGUGAUGUCAAAUAAGUUAUUAUCAGAAUAUAUUUUGCAACCUCAGUCAUGAGCAUAUGGUGAGUAACAGUUCCAUCGGGAAACAGGAUUCAAGUGAAAAGAGUAAUGUGAAUUAUCAUCAGUCUAAUAUUUGUCUCGCGAGGCAGCAGUUCAAAUAUAAUGCUACUUUUUCUGUGUGUGCUGUAUCUCGUCCUGUGCCACCAGGCAUUUGGGAUGGACCUACAGCAACCUUACAAUCGAAAUAUCGGCCAUAAGUCUGUUCAAGCAAUGAAGUUAUACGUCAGCAGCCUUUGCAAGCCACGUGAAACGUUAGUAAAAGUUGAAGAUGAAUUCCCCGAGGUGAUGCACAGACGUAUUUUCCCCUCAUGUGUGCCCCUGCAGCGCUGUGGCGGCUGCUGCUCUGAUGAGGCAACGCUGUGUGUGAAUGUGAGCUCAUACACCACUGUGCUGCAGUUUAUGCAGUUGAAUGAGGAGAAUAUUGAGCUGCCGUUUGUUGAACACAGCCAGUGUCAAUGCAGGUUCAGAGACCAACUAUGAUGCUUAUUGGAAACAGCUCAUCCAUGCCAUAGAUAUUGUAAUCUGCUUAUUUAACCAGUUGUUUUAUAUUUUAUCAAGUUAUUUAAAUGAAUUAGUAUUACUAACACUACUAAUAUAUUAAAUAUAAUAAUAACAACAUUACUUUUAUAUUUAAUAUUAUGUAAAACAUGUUGGUUUAUUUAAGAAAAACAUUUGCGGUUCACUUAAGUAUAAUUAUUUAUUGUAACUUUCGUUUACUUUCAAAAACAUUUUUUCAUGCAAUUGUUUUUUAUGCAAAUCCAUCAUACAAGACGAAAUAAGAACAGACAUUGCUUCUAGUAAAAGUAAGCUAUUGCAUUAAUAUAUAAGAUGAGAACAUAAUCAGAAAGAAUGUCAAACAUGGUACAUAUUCUGAAUCUGGUGCCUAUGUUUUGAUUGCUUUAAUAAAAGAUUUUAACUCAAA